AAUGGUGUGGGCGUUGGGGAGAGUUGGGAGCCCCUGCGCCGGCGGACCGAGGCUGCUCCGGGAGUCAUGGUGGGGUCGGCGGCCCAAGCCGCGGCCGUAGAAGAGCGGCGAAAAAAGCUCCAGGAGUAUUUAGCAGCCAAAGGAAAGUUAAAAUGCCCAAACACCAAGCCUUAUCUCAAAGACCAGAAACAGUGUUCAAAGCCACCAACCUCUAGAUCUAUCGCUAGACCCAAAAAUGACCCAGGGAGAUGGGCCCAGACUCAUGCUUCUGGGAGGCCCACUGGUAAUGUGCUUCAGCCAGGAUCUUCCAAUGUCAGUGGAACCCAAAGGCCAAAACCAGCAGUACCACAAAUUCAGGGCAAAGGACCAAUUACAGGCCCCCUUUCCUCCAAGCCAGACUCUAAACUCCCAGGGAACACCCACGUCCACCACCCACAGAAAACGGCGUCUUCUACUGUACAUACGCUGAAUCGAAAGCCUCUGCCGUCAAGUGAGAGCCAGUGUAUGAGGAGGUCCUCAGAGCAGAAGACCACAACAAAUCACAGAACGGCCGGGCGGAUGGACUCCGUGACCAAGCUCCGCACCGACAGCCAGCUCUCGGGUGACCUUCCAAAGGAGACAGACAAAGAGAACUGGCCUCUCCCAACCACUGUGGAACUAAAGAUGAAACCAGAAUCUGGGGUUUGCAACAGAGCUAAAUCAAAGGGCAAUCCACACAAUCCCAGCAAAAGAGGUCUGGCUCCAAAGCAAGCUGCAGACAGAGGUGCCAAGAUCAGCAUCCUUCUGAAAGACCAGGUUAACAAACCAUUUGUUCACAAGAUUCAAGCCUGGCUUCCCGCAGGAAGUUCCCAGCAGCAGCUCCCCAAGGGGGCAGGUGGGGAAAGACCGGGAGACAAACAUCCAAGGACGGUUCCUUCUCAUUUGGUUCAGAGCCUUGCCAGGACUCGAGAAGCAAAGAAACUAGAGGAUGGAAAGGUCAACAAAGAUGAAAAAGAAGGUCACGAUAGAUCCGAGUUACGAGGAAAUGCUGUCAUUAAACAGCCUAUCAAAAGAGGACUCCCAAGGACAAAUCCAGCGGUGCUGCAGGUGGGAAGGUUCAAUCGAUGUGAAAAUGGUCAGCAAGAUCUAAGGCUGAUGCAGCCUUGUACCAAAAGGAAGCCAUCCGUAAUGGCGCCGCCAUUGAGAACCGUGACAAGACAGCCUCACCUGAUGGGUGGCACCUCAAAAGUCCACACACAGGGACCUACAAAGAAUCAGAGCAAUUAUAGCUUGAAAAAAGAGCCACAGACCCUCAACUCCAAGACCAAAAGGACUGUGCCCCGGAACCCCACAGCUCAGCCCGGUGUCAGCUUGACAAAGCCUCCCACAAGUGAAAGAGGAAUGCAAGAGCCAGCCUUGCUGGAAGCAUCCAGGGCCCAGGUCCAGCCAAAUACCCAGCGGAAAAGAGGCAAGGAGGAUCGAAGGAAAAAACUGGAAGAAUGGCUGGCAUCCAAAGGGAAGACCUAUAAGCGACCCCCUAUGAAGUUUCUCACACAAAACAAGAACAUGCAGACAUUCAACCUUUCCUUCUGGAAAAGCAUGAGAGAGGAGGAGGAGGAAGAGACAAAGACCACAGAGCUGGACCUAUCCAACAAAAUUAAGAGCUCCCUGGCAGAGUGCCUGAAGCUGGUGGAAGAGGGUGUGCGCUCUGAGGAGAUCCUGGCUAUACUCUCUGGCUUUCCUGAGGCAGAAAAGUUUGCCACGUUCUGGAUCUGCAAGGCCAAGCUACUGGCAAGUACAGACAGCUCAGAGGUGAUAGGGCUCUACGAAGCUGCUGUUCGCUGUGGGGCCGAGCCAAUACAAGAGUUGAGGGAUGUCGUACUCAGCAUUCUGAAAAGCGCCAAGAGAAUGACAGAAGGAAUUACCAGUGAAACUAAUUCUACAUCUGUGAAGGAGAUGGCAAAGGAAGAGACUUCCCAAGAAUUUGAUUUUCUCCCUCCAAGAGAGAGAGUCCACACUGUAGCCGCUCCCCAAACAGCCAAGAAGUGUCAAGACACCCAUCUGAUGCCCUGCAUCAAGCUGCAGAUCACCCCCUUGCCAAGAACUCCCGGAAUGCCUGAGAAACAAGACGUGAAGCUCAUCACUCCUGUGCGGCGCUCCUUGCGGAUCGAGCACUCGAGGCCUGCUUACCCCGAAGCGCUUCAGGAGCAUGGCACGCUGGUGGCCUCCCUCGACCAGCUGCCUCAGGUGACAGAGGCCGAUUGCUUCAUCUACUGCAAGAAUGAGGCUCUGCCGGAGGAGACCGAGCUGCAGAUCUUUGGGGCAUUGUAGCUCCUGGAUCUCCUGGAAAGGGGCUCGGGGUGUCAGAAAGUCCUGCUGGGAGCCCUCCCCCGGCUUGGGCUGAGUGGCCCCCAGAGGGCUGGGCUGGAGCUCCACCCUAGGGGACCUGGAUUCAUUGAGCAGUGUGACCUGUGCACAUUACCUAGCACAAGCUUAGACUCACUACGGAUUGAUGAGACAGCAUUGGAAAACAUCUAACCUUCGAGUCAGUAUUUAUUAUGUCUUUGCUGUUGCUGAUGAUGCCAUCAGUGCCCAUCGACAGAGUGCUGUAAUGUAUCCAUCUGUCACUUGAUCCUCAACAGCUCCAGGAAGAGAAUGACUGUACCCAUCUUACAGAUGAGAAAACAGGCUUGCGUUAAGUGGUUUUCCCAAAGUGAUGUCGUGACGGGGCAGAGCCUCGGAUUCAAACCUCGAUGCUCCUGCUUCCAUUCCAUUGUGGCUUCUGGCAUGCCACGAUUGCGCUGUUUUCUGCGAUCCCCAGCUGCUGGCAGAGGCAGAAGACCAUGUCCUCUUGGCAGUCCCAUGUGGCCAUGAAUCAUGGACUCCAACAAGCACCUACUACGUGCCAAGCAGCGUGCCAGAUGCUCGGGAUACAAAACAGAACGGGCCUUGCCCUCCGGGACCUUCUACUCUGCCGUCACCACCUCGGAAGAAUCAGAACUACAGAUAAUGCAAAGGGCAGUGGAACAACGCCUUAUAGAGCAUAUGCCCAAGAGGUGAUGACAAGACCCUGGGCCCUGGGAAUGAGGGGAGCAGGUGUGAACAGCUGCACCUGAGCACCACCACGUCGGAAGGACGAGAGCACGGCCUCUGGGCCGCAAGGGCACCAGUGACGGAAGGACACGGACGAGAGGGCAAGGAGGGACUGCACCCUGCACUGAGGCAGAGCCUCGCCCCUGGCGGAAGCAUGGCACCCUCACCUCAUGAGGGGUGCAGAGAUGAAUCUUGGAGGGGCCUGGCAAUCGUGAAACUAGUAGCAUGGUGUAGACCUUAGCCAUCAUGUCCUUUAGUGUCAAAGGCACAGAACUUGGAGCUGGAGACGAGGGCUCUAGAACCCAGAGUUUGUAAAGAGACACAUCUAGAACUGGGAGCUGAGAGGCGAGGGCUCUAGACCCCCAGUGUUUGUAAAGAGACACAUCUAGAACUAGGAGCUGGAGCCAAGGGUUCUAGAACUCCAGAGUUUAUAAAGAGGCAUCUAGAAUUGGGAGCUGAGAGACACCAGUUCUAGACCCCCAGGGUUUGUAAGGAGACACAUCUAGAACUGGGAGCUGAGAGACGAGGGCUCUAGACCCCCAGAGUUUGUACAGAGGCACAUCUAGAACUGGGAGCUGAGAGACGAGGGCUCUAGACCCCCAGCGUUUGUAAAGAGGCACAUCUAGAACUGGGAGCUGAGAGACGAGGGCUCUAGACCUCCAGAGUUUGCGCAGAGGCACAUCUAGAACUGGGAGCUGAGAGACGAGGGCUCUAGACCCCCAGAGUUUGUGCAGAGGCACAUCUAGAACUGGGAGCUGAGAGACGAGGGCUCUAGACCCCCAGAGUUUGUAAAGAGGCACAUCUAGAACUGGGAGCUGAGAGACGAGGGCUCUAGACCCCCAGAGUUUGUGCAGAGGCACAUCUAGAACUGGGAGCUGAGAGACGAGGGCUCCAGACCCCCAGAGUUUGUGCAGAGGCACAUCUAGAACUGGGAGCUGAGAGACGAGGGCUCUAGACCCCCAGAGUUUGUAAAGAGGCACAUCUAGAACUGGGAGCUGAGAGACGAGGGCUCUAGACCCCCAGAGUUUGU